CUGCUCUCCGCCGGAUCUCAGCUGUUGCUCCACAGGGGAGUGGAAGAAGAGAAACACACACACACACACACACACACACACACACACACACACACACACACACACACACACACACGCACACACGUACACACAAAAAGCCUCAACUAUGCGACGGACUUUCUCCCGUUAGCCGUUUUCCACUUCCAGUUGACCGGGGAGCGGAUGCGAGCAGCGGUCGAUCCUCUCGUCUUUUUUCUGCAACCCUUUUCCCGUCGGUGCCGGAGCAGCUGUGCCAAAUGGAGAAAGCGACCCCGCCGCCCCAGACGCAGCUCCAGCUGUCCAUAGCGAAGGCUGAAAGUCCGGCGGAGGACAUCUCCGGCGUGGCCGACGAGGAGCUGCUCAAGUGGACCAAGGAGGAUCUGGUGCGGCGGCUGAGGCGCUCCGAGGCCGACAAGAUGAGCGUGAUUCUGGACCACGGGAAUCUCAUCCGAGAGGUCAAUCGCAGCCUCCAGCUGCACUUGAACGAGAUCAGGGGGCUGAAGGAUAUUAAUCAGAAGCUGCAGGAGGACAACCGUGAGCUGCGGGACUUGUGCUGCUUCCUGGAUGACGACCGCCAAAAAGGCAAGCGUGUUUCCAGGGAGUGGCAGCGCUUGGGACGUUACAGUUCCAGCAUCAUGCGCAAAGAGGUGACCCUCUACCUCCAGAAACUGAAGGAGCUGGAGCUCCGACAGGAAGAGGUAAUCCGGGAGAACCUGGAGCUGAAGGAACUCUGCCUGCUGCUGGACGAGGAGAAAGGGGUGGCAGUAGCAGGAGGAGGCGGUGGGGGGGGAGGAGGAGGAGGAGGAGGGAGUGCCGGGCUGGGACGGUGCCGCAACUCCAUAGACAGCCAGAGCAGUUUGCUGCUGGUGCCCGGGCAGGGCCUCCUGCUGAGAGACGUCGGGGACGGAAGCAGCACCUCCAGUGCAGGGAGCAUUGACAGCUCCGACCACCCUCAACAUAAGCCGCCUCACUUGGCUCCAGGCGUGUGCGUGGGUGGCGGCGGUGGGGAAAAGGGGAGCCCCGAGCUCGUGCACAAACCCAGGUGCAGCAGCAUCAGUGGAAUAGGAGGUAUAAGUGGAGGGGAGAGGGAGGUUCCCAGCCCUGAGCACCCUGCUGGGCGCCACCGGAGUACAAGCCUGGAGUACCCAUACACGCUGCCCCAGCUUUCCCGGCCGCGCUGCGGCUCCAUAUCCGUGCCCGACCACAGUCGAGCCAUGAGGGGCCUCAGCCCGGAAAAAUACGGGAGGAACGUGGGCCGCCGCAGCCCGGAGCAGCACCCCAAGCACCACAGCUCCGAUCUCCUCCUGGGCCAGAGGCAGCACUUCCUGGGUCAGGGAGGCAGCGGGGAGCUCUACCAGAGGCACCACAGGAGCAGCAUUAGCAGUUUAGGCUGCGGGAGCCCCGAGUCCAGGCAGGCACAUUUAGGGGCCUCUGAGCACCAUGAAAAAGGCUGCGUGUUCCCGGGAGGAAGCCCCGAAACUCACAGGCACCAGUACAGCUUGAGCCCCGACCAUGUGAAGUUCGGCAGCCCGGUGAGAGACGGCCAGAGGAGGCCGGCAGGAGACGAACUGUCGCCACACCAUCGGGGCAUCUACAAUGGCAUGAAUGCUUUGAUAUCAGCCGGCUGCUGCACCAACAACUGUAGGAACGUCAAGCUAUGGGACAGCUUUGAUGCCUCCUCUUGACCCCGGGUCUCCUCAAGCGGAGCAAAGGUCACAGUGGUAAAGCCCUCCUCUGGCCUUCGUGGACACGAGAGCCCCCGGACGCCGUCUUCUCCGACUCCGAACGGCCCGCCGUCCGUGGCUUCUUCCGCGUCCAUAGCCCUGAAACCGCCUGCCUCCAUGUUGUCAUUUCUACAUAUCGAGGGUUUAUGAGGAGAGGGGGUUUGGGGAAGGAUGCUAUUAGCACGGCUGGAAAAAAAAGAGUAGGCCACAGCUCAGUGGAUUAGAGCGGAUAUCUCCCCCUUCCGACUGCGACACAGCCACGUCCCAGAGACACGGAGGGACGCUGGAGACGUAAAGGACUCUCCACUAUUUGUGCUGCUAUCCUCUGUUUACAAAUGUACACCAUUGGCGGAGAAGCACAUGAAUUAACAUUUCUAUCCCCUGCUGUUCUAAACCUUUAUUUUUCCACACUUCCUCCUCCCCGGUCGGACUCCUUUCUCCUUCCUCCCUUUUCUUCCUCAGAUAUCCAUUAUCUUCUGUGUGUAAUGAGACUGGUGUAAUCUAAUGUUCUGUCUCUCCAAUCCAGCUGGUCACAUGGUUGCCAUUUUCUUCAAUGUUUUCAGACGUUUAAGCUGAAUUUAAAAACAAACAAAAAGCAUAUUUGUCAAAGAUGUUCUAGCAAAGUAAAAAAACAACCUCUUCCUGUGUCUUAAACCGAGAUGGGCAUCAUUACAAGCUGCUGACAGAUGUUCUAGUUCUAUAAGAUGCAAGUGUUCAGGUGUAAUCUUUCUUUUUUGUAUCUUCUUUACUCCCUUAAAGCGCCUAUAUUGAAGCUGGGGAGAAGAUUAUAUGUUUCUCCAUGUCGUUUUUUUACAAGGAAGUGAAGUAAAAAGUAGAUUAUUGGAAUAGUUUUCUAUAUAUCUAUAUAUAAAUAUAUUAUAAUUAUUAUUUUUGACUGGUGUUAGAACUAUUAUAUGAAGAUGCAUACGAUAUAUAACAAAUAAUAAACAGACUUCUUUAUGUAAAAGUG